AUGUCCGUUUUACUAAAGGAUCUUAACGAUUAUAUUGCUCCCUCACAAGCUUGUAUUAAACCUGUUGAAGUCAAUAAAACGUCAACUGACAGCAAAAGUAAUGUGAUUAAAGUUGAUAAUUCUGGUGGUUAUUAUGAAGUUUCUCUGGACGGCGUUGAAACUAAACUACAAACCGCCAGUAUCACUCUUGACGAUUGUUUAGCAUGCAGUGGAUGUAUUACAUCGGCGGAAAGUGUCCUUAUAACAAUGCAGUCUCAAGAAGAACUAUAUAAUGUAUUAAAAUCAAAUAAGGAAGCAAUAGAACAGAAUAAGGCUGAUCAAGUAAAGACUAUUGUUGUUUCAAUAGCUCCUCAAUCUGUUGUUUCGAUUGCUGCCAAAUACAAUUUAACCCCAUUACAGGUAGCUAAAAGGUUAACGUAUUUCUUUAAAACGCUUGGAGUUCAUCAUGUAUUUGAUACUUCGUUUUCACGAGACUUUUCAUUAUUAGAAAGUGCUCGUGAAUUUGUAGAGAGAUAUCGAGUUUAUCAAGAAGAGCAACAGCAAUUCACGGCGGGUAACGAUAUCAAAUCAUCAAAAGCAAAACGUAAUGGAACAUCAGGGGGACGUGAUCAUGCGAUGAAUGAUGCUAAGCUACCAAUGCUAGCUUCUUCUUGUCCCGGUUGGAUUUGUUAUGCUGAAAAAACUCAUGGAUUUAUUUUACCUUACAUUAGUCAAACUAAAUCACCACAACAAAUUAUGGGUUCCGUUGUUAAGGAUUACUUGGGAAAUAAGUUAGGGAUUAAACCUAAUAAUAUAUAUCAUGUUGGUGUCAUGAUGUGUUAUGAUAAAAAAUUAGAAGCAUCAAGAAAUGAUUUCUUUAAUGAUGAUUAUCAAACAAGAGAUGUUGAUUGUGUAAUAACAUCAGGGGAAGUUGUCAAAAUGUUUGAAGAGAGUCAUUUUGAUAUUAUGACGAGUGAAGAAACUUCAUUAGAUACUUUUACUAAAACUUCACAACAAGGGGAACUUUUGAGAUCUUCCGGAAGUGCAUCAGGAGGCUAUUUAGAAUUUAUUCUUGAAUAUGCCGCUCGUGAAUUAUUUAAAGUUACUGAUGUUGAUGUUGAAGGUGAACGAGGUGUUAUGGUUAAAACUGGCCGUAAUAAAGAUUUUAAAGAGGUCACUCUUGAGAUUGACGGAAAACCUGUAUUGAAGUUUGCAUCAGCGUAUGGGUUUAGAAAUAUACAAAACCUUGUUCGGAAGAUUAAAAAUAAUAAUUCACCAUAUCAUUAUGUUGAAGUUAUGGCUUGUCCAUCUGGUUGUAUAAAUGGUGGUGGUCAAUUAAAGCCAAAUGAAAAUAUUCCCAUAAAGGAUUGGAUAUUACAUGUUAAUAAUAUUUACCGUAACGUUAAUUCCGUUUCACCCGAAAAGAAUGAUGUCGUAUUAAACCUUUACAAUGAAUGGCUUGAUGGAAUUAAUAGUGAAAAAUCCAAAUCAUUAUUACGCACUCAAUAUCAUGCUGUUGAAACGAACCUUACGAAUCCUUUAGCCGUGAAAUGGUAG